AAAUUACAUGAGAAAAAUGAGAUUCAAUAUUUUGAAUUAGAUACUAGUAAUGCUUUAACCUGGGAUGACAAGGUGGAGCAAAACUUACAGGUGUUAAAAGACUGUACGAACAUGCAAACGGAGGAGAAUACAGAAGAAGAACACGUACCAACACGUAUAUCUAGUGAAAUAGCCGAAGUAAACAAAGAAACAUCAAAACAAAGACACGUUCUAAAUGAUAACUGUGCAGAAAACACAGAUAUCCUGCUUGAGGAAAGUGUUGCCCAACCGCAGUCAGACAAAGAUAAGGACAAAGCCAAAGAAACCAGCCUAGCUAGACAAGAAAAAACAUGA